GGCGUUCGACGCACACGACGCGGAAGGGUGUACACGACGUAUGGACAAUUACGAAGAGACGAGAGGACGGAUUUGAUUAAAUAAUACAACGUCGACGCGCGCGCGCGUGCGACGUAUUUCUCCGUCGAUCCACGGAUUUUUUUCGAGCAUCUCGUUUCCCGUCGUACGAUUCGUUCGCGGGGAGCGACGCUCGAGCGAGUCGCGUGGGACGAUCGGCGGUGUGAAGCCGGCAUAGGGCGGGAGCGCGGCGGGCGACAGCAGCCAAUAGGCGUGCGCGGGCCGCGUCACAACGGCGGCGACGGCGACGCGGGCGAUUCCCGCGCUGCGCGCGUCGGCCCGCGGAACUGCACGGCGGCGGCCGAACGUGUUAAAUGGCUGUGCGUCGGCCAUGAUGGCUUUGAGCAGGGACCGUGUCACGCAAACAGUUUUCAAAGUGAUAUAUCUCGUUUGGUGACUGAGUGACCGUGUUCCAGCGCGAUGGCCGGGGAACGAUGAGGCCCUGAGCGCUCUCUGUGCCGGGUAAUUCGGCCCCAGGGCCCCCAGCCAGGCCUCUUCCGCCAGGUCCACGGCGUUCCGCGAAGCCCGAGGCCCCCCCAGCCGACCCGACUGGCCUCUUACGGGGCGGCCAGCUAUCCUUGGUUGUCAACACGCGCGAGCCAGCCGCCCUCAAGAUGAGCAAGCUGUCGUUCAGGGCGCGCGCCCUGGACGCCUCCAAGCCCAUGCCGAUCUAUAUGGCCGAGGAGCUGCCGGAUCUGCCAGAUUAUUCGGCCAUUAACCGCGCGGUGCCCCAAAUGCCCAGCGGCAUGGAAAAGGAGGAGGAAUGCGAACAUCAUCUUCAGAGAGCAAUAUGCACGGGUCUGAUCAUUCCUACUCCUGAAGUAACCGAUCUGGCAGAUGCGGAAAUUUAUAACAAGAUAUAUCCUGCUGAUUAUAAGCUGCCUCGCCAAUUAAUACAUAUGCAACCCUUUGCUAUGGAACAAGACAUACCAGACUACGAUAUGGAUUCAGAAGAUGAAAAGUGGGUUGCACUGCAAAGUCAUAAGAUGGAAUUGACUCCACUCCAGUUUGAGGAAAUGAUGGAUCGUCUGGAGAAAAGUUCGGGACAAACUGUAGUUACCCUUAACGAAGCCAAGGCACUUUUAAAGGAGGACGACGAUUUAAUUAUCGCGGUGUUCGACUAUUGGCUCAACAAGCGUCUCAAAACUCAACAUCCCUUGCUACUGACGGUUAAAACGGAGAAUCGAUUUGGCUCGGCCACCAACAAUCCAUAUCUGGCAUUCAGGCGACGUACGGAAAAGAUGCAAACACGUAAGAAUCGCAAGAACGACGAAACCAGCUACGAGAAAAUGCUGAAACUUCGUAGGGAUCUUAGUAGAGCAGUCACUCUUCUGGAGAUGGUGAAACGCCGAGAAAAGACGAAACGGGAACAUCUACAUCUCACAAUUGAGAUUUACGAGAAACGGUAUCAAGCGCAAGACUUCAGUGGACAAAUACUGGCAGAAGUGUCGGCGUUAAAGGCACCGAGACCAGCGUUUGCUCCACUCUUCACCAAUCAGUUUGGCGUUCAUCAAAAUUGGACAAACAAAGUUUCUAAAGACGAAGUAGUGCCCAGGAAAGAAAAGAGACAGUACAAGAAACGGAAGCAUAAAACGGACAGCAGGGGAGGAAGCUUGGACGACACUGGUAUUCGUAGUGGAACGGGUAGUGGUGGUGGUAGAGGAAAUCGCCCAGGGGUUCUCGGAAGCGGGCUGGACCCGCUUAUCAGUUCAGAUGAAGAUAGCCCGCUUCCAUCUCAUUCGCACUCCCAGCCAUCGUUACCCUCUGAUCGCGAUGAUGAAGACACCGCAGACGAGGGUCAGUUCGCCUUUCGUCGAAAUAGGAAUAGCUCUUAUUUACCGCCUGCAUUAGGUGGUUUUGGAAACUGGCCUUGGUGUGAUAAAAACGAAGGCGGCAUUGCUGAUAAAAAGUACAGGUUUGCGCUAACUAGUAUCAGCAAACCGGUGCCAAGGUGUAUUGGCUUCGCACGACGGAGAAUUGGUCGUGGUGGCAGAGUAAUACUAGACCGUUGUGCGUCCGAUAUGGAUGACAUGUGGUCUACUUUAGAUUUCACGAUACACGAUUCCAAGCGUGAGACAGCAGAUUCGAACGCAACUGCCACAGCAACGACUACCGUCAAAAAAGAGUGGUUACACUUUCGACCAAAGACUCCGCCUGUAUCGGUACACAGUCCAAGCGAGGAAAGUAGUGACACAGACUCGGACGUUGAGCCAACGGUGUCUCGAUCCAAGCUUCCAUACCCGUUCCCACCCGAGGCGACGUCCAUAUGCAUCGAGGUGGAGCCGGACCGCGCAGGCGACGAAUCGCCGUUUGUAUCGGAGUUUAAUAUCGCGGAUUACUUCGCGAUGGACGCCGUGUCGGACUUCGAGCUCGCAGUGGCGAGUCUCAGUAGUAGUAGUACGGGUAGUGCGUGCAACAGCAGUCUCUCAGACGGCGGCGUAAACGAAUCACGGACAAACGAUGAGCAGGGCAGUUCGCAUUUUGUGGUGACGCCGCUCACGAAUAAUUUGUUUGCGCCGCCCACUACGGCACAGCAGACCCGGCUUACCCAUUGCAGUGGUGGUUCUAGUGUUGUACAUACUUCUACAAGUUCUUCGCUGAUUUCUUCGUCAUCCUCCGUCGUUGCAUGUAGUCAAGCUACGGUGGCAUCGAGUACAGUGUCCACGCAAUCCACCGUCGGCGUCAGUACCACGGUUGACACGCAAUCGAAUCAUCAGCCCAAGCAGCAACACAGACAAUUGCCGAACAAUAGUGCUGCUGCCUCCAUUCUCUCGAAAUCCUUGACUAGUCCGACAAAUAAUAGGAAUGGGGGCAGUUGCGGCGGUAGUGGUAGUGGAGGUGGUAGUGCAAAUGUUAGAGUGUUUAGUGCGAGUACCACAUGCAGCGGCAGCGGUGGUAGUGGUGGUGGUGGUGGAAGUAGUAGUAGUAGUAGCGGUAACGGCAGUAAUGUCACAAACUUUGGUAAUAGCCACCAGAAUGGCCCGCUGUCGCAUAUAAACAACUCUAAUAAUCUGACGAACAGCACUCACCUUGUGAACAACCAACAGCCCACGUUAGUUCUACCACAGAAGCAUCCGCCGUCCAAUAUAUUACCCGGCCUGAUAACGCAAAAUAAAUUGGCGAGUCUCGCGAGGCAGCAGCAGCAGCAGCAACAGACGCAAAAUCAGGCGCCACAGGUUCCAACGUCCGGGGAAAUUACGCUUAAUAGUAAUAGUGAAAGUUUGGAUAUGGAAGUGGAUGGAGUGGACGGUUCGCCAUGCGACAGCAAGUCACAGCAGCAGCAACUUGUACGGGCGAACAAAACAAAUUCACUGGCGAUGGAAGUGACAUGAUGCCUGCUAUCGGCACCCCUGUUGCCGCCAAUACGUCACUGGGGGCUUCGCUAAUUCUCUUACCUUGCCUAUGGUGUCUGCUUCGGGCGGGAGAUCGGACGCGUACCGAUGAUAUACUGCGCUACAUUGACGUGAAAGAGCGAUACGGCUAGGUACAAUUGCUCCUCCGAUCAGUUGUUUUUUCAUGGCGACGCUAAUCAGCGAUAGCGUGGAUUCUAAUGCAAGUACUACGUUUCUUUUUCUUAUCUCCGUCAAGAGAUCAUGAUCCGUAUUCUUCAAAUUAUUUUUUUCCUUGCUCAUUGAACGACUAAUAGCCAUUUACCGCUAACCACGAUUGAUAGCCAUGUGAAAAAUAUUGCCAUUGUUUCCAUAUAUACAAGAUUCCGAAACUGAUCUAUUCGAAACUAAUGUAUCAUUCGAAAUUAGCACUAGCGUUUUUAAUAACAGUGCUCGUUUUCUUCUUCGUCUUUUGUAAGACUAGGGAAUGAUGUGUCUAGGACAAAUUCGGUCCUAGGCUUGCGAAUAGUUUAAUUGUAGAAAAGAAAGUAAAAGAUUAUGUGUAUAAUUAAGUUACUCAAAAUAUAGCGUGCAAUACUUCUUAUCUACUUUCAUCUUGUUUUUAGUGACAAUAGUCCGCAACAAUCUCAUUCGUUCAAUGCAAGGAAAAUCGUAACCAGAGAAAUCCAAGAUGCAAAUUAUGUUUAUCUUGAUAUCAAAAUCCCUCACUUACAUCAACUCGAUUAAUAUUAAAUUACAUGAUAAUUGGGCGUACGAUGAUGCAGCAAGCUUUCUCAGACACAGCAUUAAUUAUUGAAUUAGCAAAGUUUUGCAAAAAAAUUCUUUUAAUUUUGUACGUCUUAUAAAAUCUCUCAUUUACAACACACACUCGAGAAUAUAGAAGCUUCGCAUAAACGUGUAUCCGAUUAAUAGAAAUUGUUUUAAUUAUUUUGAAGUUUUGAAAAACAAUCUAAUUUUUGAAUAAUUUCUCAUAAGUUUUUCCAAUGCAUGGAAAAUAGCUACAAAGCAUUACAUUAGCAAUGGCGGGGAUUGUAUAGUAAUCUGCUUGUAAGUACAGUAGAGUAUGCUCGAAUUACAUUUCGUCGCUUUCCAGAUAGAUAAAACUAUCAGGAAAGGAAAAAGUAGAUUAAUUAAUUUCUUACGAAAGUGUACGAUUUUUCUCAAUAUUGUAUAUAGAUUCGGUUCGCGAGUAUCGUAUGACUUUAUAUAGUAAUGCUCCUUAUAUGUGUGUGUGUAUGUGUAUAUAUGUGCGCGCGCACGCGCGCACACACGCACGCACACACACACACACACACACACACACACACACACACACACACACACACAUACAUACAUACAUACAUACAUACAUACAUACAUACAUACUUACAUACAUACAUACAUACAUACAUACAUACAUACAUACAUACAUACAUACAUCAUACAUACAUACUUAUAAAACUACGUUAAAAGCUUCCAGGCUGUGAAAUAUCGAAGCUAUUGUUAUCAAUUAAUCUUUGAUAGCAUUAAGUCAUUGUAAUCGUAAAAAGGAUUUUCUUUCCCCCCCUCCCCAUUUCUCUCCAGUAAUCGCCAAAAUUGUACAUUUUAAUAUUUGCAUAUCCGCCGCCACGUAUUACAUGCAAUCAAUAAGCAAUUACAAUGUAACUUUAUAAUGUUGCGUUUGGAAAGCUUGUAUCACGGAAUUUGUAUUUUACCUGAAAAGAUCAUUUAUAUACUGUGUUAGAAUCUACAAAGCUCACUGGGGGCAACGUAUAAUAAUACUUAUGUCUUUCACACAUCAGUGACUGAAAUAAUCGAUGUAGGAAAAUACCGAAAUACUUUUGAGCGAUGGUGUUUUUUGCAAAGUAGAUAUACAUAUAUAUACAAGCAGUUAAAUUUCAUUAUCUCUAAAGGCGGAUUCGUUAACGCAACUGUACAUGUGUUCUUUUAUGCGCAAAUUCAUGAUGAUUUUUCUUUCACAUCUUUCCCGCGUAUGAAUUUUUAAUAGUUGGAGAGAUAAGAUCGAAGCAAGCUAUUAUGAUAUUGCACCUCAUAUCAUAGUUUUAUCUGUCCUCUCACAGACUCGGUAUUCUGUACCGUAGAUAAACGUAAAGGGCGGAAAGCUGGUCGAUACGUGUUCUUGUUUCUAGAAUAGAACUCUUAUGACUCGAAUAACGAAUGUCGGAAUUUAAGAUCGUGUGAAUCUUGCCACGUGUUACAGGCGUAUUGAGAGAUUCGAGCGUGCACAUAAAAUUCGGGCGUGCCAUUAGACCUCCGUUUGAACAGAUAUCUCAACGUUAUCCUUCGAGAGAGGAACAUCAAAUUAUACACACGAAUGACAUUCGUUCCCUUCACUGGUGCGCACGUAAUUUGCUGCAAAGUUCGAGAGAUAAAGGUCUGUUGAUGCAACUUAAUAAAUUAUCUUGAAUGUAUCCAAGAUUGGGGGCGAUUCAGGCAAAAAUAUCUCAUAUACUUGUACAUUUAAUCGACGCAAAACCUUCCUCUAACUAAAAUGUGUGUGCUCUUGCUCUGACUAUUCGAUUCAUUACCACGAGAAAAAAGAGCAUAGUAUCUCCGGGAGUUUUCACGCGUACACAUAGAAAAAUAUCAGUUUUUUUGCUAGAAAGAAAAGCGAUUGCUCAAUUUACCUAUUUUUCUUUUAAGCAACGGUAGUUUUUUUUAUUAAAGAAUAUUUUCUUGAUAAUCCGAAAAUAUAUUUAUUACAAAUUUGAAAAAAAGUCAUGCAUUUAAAAAAAAGAAUUUAUAAUCUUCCGAAGAAUAUUAUAAAGUCAGGAUAAUAAGAAAAUGGCAUUUUUAACUUAAUGUUUUUAUCAAAAUAUUAAGUUACUAGGUUAAAGUGUAUUUUAAAUAAAUUUGAUGCUUAUUCAAAUAUUUCAAUAUAUUAAUUCGUGAUUACAUAAUUUUUCAAGUAAAUGAUCAAUGUCAAGCUACUAUAAAGAAAAUAUUGUUUCUAAAAAUGAUUGUUGCUCUAAAAAAAGGUAAAUUGAAUAAAUUGCUUUUCUUAGCAAUCUUUAUCUGAUUGUAAUAUCGAUGACAAUACAGCUCUCUUCCUCUCUUAAUCUUUCUACAGAACACUUUGCUUUUCUGCUUUCUUCAUUAGAUUACAAAACAGUGUGAAAAUAUAAGAAGCAAAUAAAAGAAUAAGAGAAUAUCCUUACAAUCGUGAACUGAAAACUUGUCGACUGUAUACUUUAUUUUUAUAAAUACACAUGGCAUUUUAGACAAGAUGACCUUUCUAAAUCAAUGAUACCUUUAACACAUUAAGAGAGAGAGAGAGAAGAGAACAGUGGUUUAAUCGAAAUACCUUGCAGAGAGACAGAGUACUUUAUUGUACCCUCUAUGGUCAAAUUCGACUUAUACUCUUUUUUGUUAUACCAAUAAUUGUGCUUUUCUUGUUAUUACAAACAGAAUAACUGCGUAAAAGAGUGAAUGCUUGAAAUUACGCAACGAUCGUUAUUUAUUACAAGUUGAAAUACGCAGGCACUGAUCAUUGAGAACAAGGAAUUCUUGGUUUAUCUACAUAUAAAACGCCUGCUCUCGAAGGGAAUCUCUCGCAGUAGCGAGCCAUAAAACGAUUCGUCGCCAGCCGUAACGCGAGAACGGGGAGGGAGAGUAAAAAUAAUGUUGCGAAUGAUUACAAAUCGUAGAAAGACUUCUCGAAAUCGUAAUAAAAUGAAACAAAAAAAAAUCAGAUAUAUUGUACAUAUAAAAAUAAUUACGCUUAUUGUAUCUCUUACUUUUAGGUAAUUAACUGAAUAACUGUAAUUAAAAAAAAAAGAAACCGUUGUUGUGGUAGACGCACAGCGAAAUGUGUAUGAAAAUUUAUGAAUUUCAAGACGAUUUUAGAAAGGGGAGUAAUAAAGAAAUUUUAUCCUGGAUAGAACUUAUUAUUUUUUUUGUUAAGAUCUUCACACACUUUCGCCUGUAUAUUGUCGGGACGUGUUCUUUUUUUUUGUGAGAGAUCCGUUUUCUGACACUUGUUUGUACAUACAAUUCUUUAGAUACUUGGUCGUUUCUCUCGUUUUUCUCAGAUUCAUUGCUGCGCGCGAAAAUCGAAAUUCCUCCGCUCUCUCCACCUUGUUUGCUCUCGUGUACUCAUAGCGUCUAGCUUUUAUAAACGUUAUCUGCUUGCCGUGAAAAACACACACACACACAUAACGCGUACACACAUGCACAGACAGAAGCGCCGUAAUGUACAGUUGCUGUAUAUGCUGCUACGAGAUUUCUAGCGACGCCUUGAAAACGAAAAGAAGCGAUAACUCUUCCGCCAAAUGACUUUGAGAAGAACGAGCGACUUUAUGUGAACGAAAAGGAGAAAAUGAAAAACAAAGAUGAGAGAGAGAGAGAGAGAGAGAGAGUGUGAGUUGUAUUUGUAAAGAGAGGGAGGCGACCCGUUUUUUAUUUUAGUUGAGACACGCUUUAAGUACAAGGUAUAGCGGAUGUAUAUGGAUUUUUAUAUAAAAUUUAUUAAUGUUAAAGGUAAUACGAUAGCCAUUAAAGUUAAAACGUCGAAAAUCGAGAUUUGAAGAUCGCUCCAACCAAAGACUGAGUUCGCUUUACAUUUCUCUGGUUUGGCAAAACACGAAAUUCCACUGCGGCUAAGACCGAUAGGGGUGUUCGUCUUGCGUGCGAUGAAACUCGCAGGAGAAAAGAAAAAAAAAGCCCUCGCUUCGAUCGGAAGCUCCCGACUUAAAAGACAUGCCGAAAAAUUGAUUGAGAGAGAAGAGGAAGAGGAUGAAGAGGCGAAAAAAGAACAAGAGGGAUCGGUCAUAUCUCGAACGGUGAAACUUCGUGUUUACCCAAUUCGUUGCAUUCGCGAGAAACAAUAGUGUAUAUCAUGUAAGUAGAAGUUAAGACCCGAACAAUGCAAAUAUUCCGAGUUGACGAUAGUUCGAAGAUGAGACGAGAGAGAAGCUAUAUAAGCCGCUUGUUUGCGCGUAAAGAGGCGUGAUUAUCGGGAGGAGAGGGAAUGAGCUUAAAAACCCGGUCAAUAGGUAUCUUAAAAAACCGAGAAGGCUCCACGACACUUUUUCUGCGUGUUACAAACAGAUUUACGAUUUAGUAUCGACCGACGUGUCGAGAGGCACGAUGUGUAUCUACUUAUAUACGUGUAUCUUAUUCUGUGAAUAUCGUGUAGGGCUUCCGCGUCGCUGUGCGACACAGGAAGGUCCGAUCGGAACGAAGAGAAAGGGAAAAAAAAAUGAGAGAAGGGCGGAGACGACGCUUCAGUUAAAGCUCCGAAGCUUGAAACGAAACUUUGGGUGCGAGUAAUCUCUCUCUUGACGAGAAUGAUUGUACUGUCGGAGGACUCACGCGGGGCCUGAAAGGAGACGCAGGGAGUUCUCUAUACGGUCACGUACAUGCAUGGAUGUUCCACGAGUCCAGCAUCGUAGGGAAAAGAAUUAAAAGGGUAAGAUGGAAGCUUUUGUAUAAUACAAUCUGCUCAAUACGCAUUCACCAUUGUUUUCAAUACGCAAAGUUGUACUUUCAUGCGAUGAAGAAGCGAGAGUACGGUUCAUGAUGUUCAAGAUGACGUUACGUAGUGCGAUCAAUAAUGCCCUAAUGAUGCUGAAUUUGCGAGACAUCUCGUGGAACGUUCGCUCCGGACGGCCCUUCGACCCGGUCCUCGACACACGUCGUCUGAUUGAAGUCCGUCACUUGAUAACAUCCCUCGAAGCCGCGAAACGUCUUAUCGAGAUAAUUCUGUAACAUUUGGUAUAAAUUAUAUAUAUAUAUAUAUAUUACAUAUUUACUAUUACUUAUACACUCCAAGAAAUGUGCAAUUUUAAGAUAUUAAAAUGUUUUCUAUUUGUCAUGAUUUUGAAAAUACUUCAAAGUAUGUUUAGUUUUAAACGUAUUUAAAUUUAAAAUGUUUAAAACUUUAAUAAAAAAAAGUUUCAGCUUUAAACGUUUUAGUUUUAAGCUAAAACAUUUUUAAGUAUUCAAAAUACGGAAAUAAAACAUUUUAAUAUCUUAAUUAAAAAAUUAAGUACCAUUUUUGAAUAUAUUUUAAUUCAAUUAUAAAUUGAUGUACAUGUACGUUUUAUUUCCUUAAACUUUUAAUUGCAAUCGGCUGAUCGUGGAACAACAUGUGACAAUCGAAUCUCUUCUCGUUUCGUCCAGAGAUAUCAUUUCGAUUUUUGUUAAAACUCGCCGGGAUAGAGAACAGAGAGGUGUUACCAGGUAGAUGAGUCUUAGCAUUUCCCCGCAACUUAUGUAUAGAGACCUAAGUAUUAAUUACUCGUAAUCAUUGCGAUUAACGGCGCGCGCGAACUAGCGGAUACUAAUUGAGUGUGCGUGUGUAUGUAUAUAUAUAUUAUAAGUCAAUUUACGGGUUGCAUUUUUUGGCUAUUAAAUAUAUUCUAACUAGUAUGUAACUUCGAGGGGGCUGGUGGAGAAAGAUUGGCGGUGCAUACUGGACGACUCUUGUACAUACUCGUAUACAUAUGUACGUAUACACGUAACGCGUUUCGUGAGCUCUGUACAUGCAAACACGACAUACAUAAAUUAUAUAUAUAUACAUAUACAUAUAUAUGUAUAUAUAAAUAAAAAUAUAUUAAAUGAGAGAGAGAGAGAGAGAGAGAGAGAAAGAGAAUGCGGCGCGUUAGAUCAUAACUCGCUGUAUACGAUACCUCUGAGCAACUCGGCGAGCUGAAUGCAAUUAAUAAGAGCCUGAAAUUCGGCUGCAUCCGAAUUUCAUUUGCAUUUGCCACGCGACAACGAGACGUCACGUUUAACAAACGCGUCACGAAUCCCGUGUAUUUCCUUGUGUAUUUCUUGAACGAGAAAAUUGAGAACACUUGGAGAACGAACGACACAAAAUCCGAACAAAGUGGACUUGCCAAAAUAAAUUCCGAUUAUGCUGAUUAUUAA